AUGGACGUCGUAGACAGUGACAGAUAUCGGGAGGCGGUGGAACGGCUGCGGCGCCUCCUCUACGACCCUCCACCCUGGGAUGCUCCGCCCACGGUGCACCCAGACCACGCCCUUCACUCCACCCACCACACUUACAACGCCUCCCACUACACUGCAGUGAGUGGCGGUGACAUGGAGGGCGUCCGCGUGGGUAUGGGCCUCGGUGGCGUUCCCUCUCGGUGGCUCCUGGAGAUGCUGCGUCACCAGGAAGACCUUAUUGCUCAACUCGAGAAGGAGAAUGAGUUCUUGAAGAGAGAAGUCGUGUCCGUUGGCGAGGGCGUGAAGUCCAUGGCGAAGGAGAACACGGAGCUGAACAGAAGAUUAACGGAGUCUCUAAACCAAGCCAUUAACACAGGCGAAGGAUCAGACAUUUCUAGCUACAACUUAGAUGAGAUGGAUGAGGCCAUUCAGCGACAGGUGGCAGCACUAAGCAGGGAAAGAGCCCUUCUGCAGGAGGAAGUGGGACGACUUGAAGGAUCUCUCGCGGCCGUGACCAAGCGGGAGCAGGAGGCGCUGGCGAAACUCAACCACGCCCUCGCUCUCGCCCAGGAUACACACGCACACACAGCCAAGGUCAGAGCGAGCAGCGAGUCGGCCCUCGAGGAGGUGACCAACCUGCUGACGGUGACGCAGCAGGAGGGCAAGGAGCUGAAGCGCCAGCUGGCCGACGCCGAGGAGAGGCUGAAGAAGCAGGAGGGCAACGCCGAGGAGCGCGAGGCUCAGCAGAGGCAGCGCCUUCAGCGGCUCGAGGACGACCGGGACGAGUUGGAGCAGCUCGUCUCGCAGGUCAAGCAGCAGGUGCGGGACGGCGCGAGAAAGAUCGCGGAUCUCGAGGAGGACCUGCACGUGGCCAAGGCGGCCCGCCUCCGCCUCGAGGCCCAGCUGGAGGAGCAGCGGCAGCACUCGAAGGACGCCCACAGCAGACUCGAUCAGAUCAUUAUGGCGCGCAGCGGCGAGGCGGCGGCGGGGGCGGCGAGGGCGAGGGAGCUGGAGGAGAGGCUGAGCGUGGCCAGGCAGGACUCCAAUCGACUCCUUCUCACCAUCACGUCCUUGGCGCAGGGUACGGGGAGGACCACUGAACUCGACACGACAGAUGACGUCAAGAGCGAGAGACGAGCGGCGGAACAGCAGUUGAGUGCUACCUUGGCCGCUCUCCAGACUAAGCACGAAGAUGAAGUGAUGAAGCUGCGGGAGGCGGCGGACCAGCAGAGCGAGGCCAUGAAGAGCCUGAAGGAGGAGGUGGAGCGAAUGAGGCAACAGCUGGCCGAUGACAACGAGAAGUAUCGGGCGGAGCGAGCUCGGUUAGAGCAGGAAGGAGCCCGCGUCCAGCAGGCUCUCGAUCGGAUCCAGGAGGAAGUUGCCCGGGAGCAGCAGAGGGCGAGGUACCAGGGAGGGCUUUACCAACAGGCCCUCGAGAAGCUCAAGCAGGCGGAGGCCACGGCGGCAAGUGCGGAGAGCAAGACUGCUGAGCUGUUAGACAUUGUGAGGACAACGGGCAAGGAGAGGGACGUCCUACGCCAGGAAGUCACGUUCCUUCGGAGGAUAGUGUCGACAUCUUCGGAUCCUACAGCUGCUCUUGUCAUGCCGCCCCUCGAACCCCUGUCUCCUUCUCCUAUUCCUCCGGCCGAGGACGCCGAAGGAAUACUGGAGACGGGGAGAGAAGGAAGAAAUCAAGAAGAGUUGGAAAUCGGGAUGAGUGCGGCAGUGCUGGCGAACGACUCUGUGUUUAGAGACGUGACGGUGGCUCCAGGUGUGACGUUACUCCAGCUGUACAGCGAAACGUAAAGACAUUCCAGCUGUUUCAGUGAUUGUUGCGUCUCAUGAAGCGAAAGGAAAACUCAGUUGCACGAGUCAAGCUCCAGGUAACUCCAGCUAUCAGUAAACAAAACAAAAUCGAGCUGUUAUUGUACCAGUGAAAUAUGAGAUGCGUCUCGCCUAACAAACGACUCGAACCGUCCUAAUGAGUGCUGAUAUUAGCGAAAUUUCACCUGCGCUCUGAUCGCGUUCUGAACCACCAGCUGUAGGAGAGAUGUUCAGUAUGUUAUUGUGUGUUCUUCCACAUGGACCAAUUGAUGUUAAUCAGUAGUUGGUUGUAGACGUUUUUACCCACUUGUGCCAAUGGUAAUCCAACCUUUUUUUCUAAUGUUCCUUAAAUUCCUCGCAAGCAUACCAGAAGCUGUUAACGAAAAAAACACAUUCUCUGUAAUUGAAAGUAACGAAAACAAAAUAAUAUGAAAUUUAUGUAUAGAUCUGGUGCCUGUUAUCAGCUUCUGGUUGUCUGGAGGCAAUUCAUCUUGUGAUUCUAAAACUACAUCUCAUUAUGCCAUUGUACUUAUUUAUAUAAAUCACAAACUGAUCCACAUUUUUUUUUUCAAUAGUUUCGUCACUGAAUGUGUGGUGUUGAUGGCACGAAAAUGAGCAAUGAAUUGUUAUCAGAUUCCGGAACUAAUAUUUUCUUAAAUAAAUGAGAGGUACAAAUAGCCACCAGGUUAUCCGGAUCCUUGGUUUAUACGGUCUGUAAACCGGUUGAAGGUCAUUCGUUUCUGCCUCUUCUCACGUUUAAUAAAUUGCAAAUAUGUGUUA